AUGGCAGCGACGGGAAUCGUUCGUGUUCUUGUAACGCGCCAAAUUCAGGAGGAAGCGCUUGAAUAUGUACGGAAGCAAGUUCCGAACGUCGAGCUUCAGGUGCACCCGGACGAACACCAGUCACCAGCGCGUUCGGAGCUUGAAGCGUGGCUGGAGCGCGGCGUGGACGGCCUCGUCUGCGUGAUCGGAGACGUUAUCGAUGAGGCUCUGCUGACACACGACACGCAGGGUCGUUUACGUGUCGUGUCUACCAUGUCUGUUGGGUAUAACCACAUCGACGUGGAGUCGUGUCGGCAACGAGGUAUCGCUGUGGGGCAUACACCAGACGUGCUCACGGAAACGACGGCGGACUUGGCUGUAGGUCUGGCGAUCGCGACAGCACGGCGUUUCCGAGAAGCGCUUCAGGCCGUUGAACAGCCUGGUGGCUGGAAAUCUUCCUGGUCGCCAACGUGGAUGUGCGGAACCGAUGUGCACGGGGCGACUGUGGGCAUCAUAGGUCUGGGGCGCAUCGGCGUCGCCGUUGCGCGGCGGUUGCACCACGGCUUCGGCUGCCGCAUCCUAUAUCAUGGUACUAGGGAGAAACCUGUGGUUGCAGCUGAGAUUGGGCAGGCGCGUUUUUGUGCCGACCUGGGCGAGCUGCUCGCUGAGUCUGACUUUGUGAUCCCACUCUGCCCGCUGACGCAAAAGACCCGUAACCUCAUCAACGCUAGCAGUUUACGGCUCAUGAAAAAAUCCGCCUUUUUGAUUAACGUUUCACGAGGUGAGAUUGUCGACCAAGACGCCGUCUGUGACGCGCUAGAAGCCGAGGCGCUGGCUGGAUACGGUACCGAUGUAACGGUUCCAGAACCGAUUCCCACUGAUCACCGCUUGCUCAAGACCAGGGGUGUAACUGUGCUUCCACAUAUCGGCAGCGCUACCCUGCAGACUCGCUUGGCGAUGGCUCGUCUCUGUGUCGAGAAUCUGGUGGCCGGUGUCAAAGGAGACCCCUUGCCGCACCCCGUGCCGCUGCAUGCCGAAUAG